CCGAGGGACCGACCACGCGGAACGUUGCGGUGGACGACUGUCGCAGGACACGGUCGACGAAGCAACGAACCAAGGUAUCUGUCUCCAGGUGCACCUGAUACAGAGCUUGCGACGAUGUCGAUGACGACGCCGACCGAUACAUCCGCGUAUGAUGCGAUGGUGGAAGACUUGAUUCCGAAUCCGUCCGACCCGAAUGCCGUUCGCCUCGAGGACUUUUCGCUGAUCCGUGUGAUCGGAAAGGGGUCGUUCGGAAAGGUGACGCUCGUGCGCAAGCGCGACAACUCCAAGGUGUUUGCGAUGAAGAUCCUGAGUAAAGCGUACAUCGUGAAGCGGAACCAAGUCGAGCACACGCGCACGGAGCGACGGGUUCUGGCCGUCGUGUCGCACCCGUUCAUCGUGAGUUUGCACUAUGCAUUUCAGACCAAGGACAAGCUGUACUUUGUGCUGGACUAUUGUCCGGGCGGCGAACUGUUUUUCCACUUGACGCGGCUUGGCAAGUUCACGGAGGAAAUGGCGCGGUUCUACACGGCGGAACUGGUCGUUGCCCUCGAACACUUGCACUCGCUCGGCGUCAUCUACCGCGAUCUCAAACCGGAAAACAUCUUGCUGGACGAGAUGGGGCACGUCAAGCUCGCCGACUUUGGACUGGCCAAGACGGAAGUCACAGAAGUCGCGAGCGGCGCGAACUCGUUGGUCGGGACGCCCGAAUACCUGGCGCCGGAAGUGCUGGCCCGCACUGGCCACGGCACCGCCGUCGACUGGUGGGGCCUCGGCAUGGUCUUAUUUGAGAUGCUCACGGGAAUGCCGCCGUGGUACACACGGAAUCGUCAAGACUUGUAUGCCCGGAUCCGCGACGCGCCGUUAGAGAUUCCGCAUUACUUGAGCCCAGACGCUGCGUCGCUCAUUCGGUCGUUGCUGCAUCGAGACCCGGAGAAGCGGCUGGGCGGCCGGAAAGGCCACGGCGCGGUGCAAGUGAAAGCGCAUCCGUUUUUCCGCACCGUGGACUGGGAUGGUCUCCUAUGGGCCGAGCCGCCAUUUCGACCGAGCGACCCACAAGCCAAGGACGACGGUGACACGUCCAACUUUGAAAAAGAAUUUACCGAAAUGCCCGUGCACACCCCCGUGAGCCUCCACCGCCACGGCAUGGCUGGCACCGGGUCGUCGCAAAACAUCCCGCCCUCCAUGUUCAACGGCUUCACGUACGAAGCGCCGUCCGUGUCGCUCGGGUCCAACACGUCGCAGUGCCAGGUCGACGCCGCCACCACGCAACCCUUCAUCUAGCGACACACGAGCGAGCAACGGAGCGGCGUCGCUGCACCACCCGUCGUUUCGGGCGGCACUUGCGGCGGUGUCUCUGCAGCUAGGCGGCGAUGGCCAUAUUAUUAAUUCACAUCCAGAUGCAAGUGUGCCGUCGAGCCAAG